AUCACCGCGCGUUGGUGACCCAAAGCUCAACCAAACAAAGGAAAGGAGAAGGAAAUAUAGCUAUCAUUGCCUUUCUUUUUGCUGGACGACGGGCUCCAGCUAGUGCUCUCGAGGCAGAGAUGGACUGAUGCAUUCACCCCUGGGCGUUGGGAGGUGACGGCAUCCACCGUAGCCCCACUACAGGGUCAUACAUACCCCGCCGGUUCAACGCGGCCCAGCGGGACAAUGCAUGUCAUGGGCUCAUGACCACGUCGACAAACUUUCUGAUUUGAAGUUAUACAGUGACAGCAAAUCCCACGUUGCGACCCUAAGAUUCGCCAAUUAUAUCCGGGGAAGAUCUCUCCUUGGCAGGCCCCCGAUCUAAGAUUCGAUAAACUCUUGCCAUUGGCCCACCGUUCUCCAAUCAUGGACAGCAUACCCCUCGACCACGGCUCGCUGGAGCACCUCCUCCCGCCGAGCUGGAAGACGCAGGUGACGGCGUGGCUGGCGGAGGACACGCCGUCGUUCGACUACGGCGGGUUCGUGGUGGGCGACGCGCCGCGGCAGGCGAUCCUGUGGGGCAAGAGCGCGGGGAUCCUGGCGGGGGUCCCCUUCGUCAACGAGGUGUUUGCGCAGUGCGGGUGCGCCGUCGAGUGGCACGCCGACGAGGGGUCGCACGUCGGCGGGCCGCGCAACGUGGGCGCCCACGGCGGGAAGACGCGCCUGGCGACGGUGACGGGCCCCGCCAGGGGGCUGCUGCUCGGCGAGAGGGUGGCGCUCAACCUGCUGGCGCGGUGCUCGGGCAUCGCGAGCGUCAGCCGCCGGCUCGUCGUCAACCUGCGCAGCGCAGGGUACAGGGGCGUCGUGGCGGGCACCCGCAAGACUACCCCCGGGUUCCGCCUCGUCGAGAAGUACGGCAUGCUCGUCGGCGGGGCCGACGCCCACCGCUUCGACCUGAGCUCCAUGAUCAUGCUCAAGGACAACCACAUCUGGAGCCGCGGGAGCAUCACCGACGCGGUGCGCGCGGCCAAGAGCGCCGGCGGCUUCAGCCUCAAGGUCGAAGUCGAGGUGCAGAGCGAGGAGGAGGCCGACGAGGCCAUCGCCGCCGGCGCCGAUGUCGUCAUGCUGGACAACUUCACGGGCGAGGGCGUCAAGGUGGCGGCUAGGAGCCUCAAGGAGAAGUGGGCGGGCAAGAAGCAGUUCUUGCUCGAGGUGUCCGGCGGCCUUACGAUGGACAACGUGGAGCAAUACGUCUGCAAUGACGUCGACAUUCUGUCCACGAGCAGUAUCCACCAGGGCGUCCCUCACGUAGAUUUCUCACUGAAGAUCGAUGUUGGCAACAUUGAGGGGGAAGGCCCGACGGUUUCGAGUUAGAGUAGCCGAGUGAAUGGAGUCAGGACUUUGAACAACAAAAUACCACCGUAAAGGACGCGUGACGGCGCUGAACUGUAGCAAUAGGGCGUGGAUAUCCAAUGUGUCUCUAUGGUUGUCAGGGAGAAUGAAUAUGC